AAAGGGCCCGUUCUCAUGAAACAGUCCAAUGAGCAAUGUUGGAGCUCAUGGUUCAGUCCACUGGUUCCCCAUCGACCUCCUCCGCGUGUAGCCGACCCUCAGACCCUCACUCCGGUCCUCUCCGUCCAGUGGUCUACCAACUCUCUCCAUUCACGUCUUCUCUCAUCUCUCUGGCAAAAAGACCACAAAAUCCCUGCUCCCAGACCCACAAGAAAAAACAACAUCCCUCUCAUUGGAUUGCCCACAUUCCAAAGCCCCGUUAUCUCUUGUCAUAACCCAAACAUUGCUGCUACAGAGAAACCAUUACAUUAGCAAUGAAACCUUACAGUGCAUUACACAAAGAUGUACAGUCAGGAUCAGAGUUGUGGGCACCCUAUUUUGGCACAGGAAGCAUGGCAACACUUGCAAGCUGCCUUCAGCACAAUCCUCACUGACAAGAUUUGAGGCAAACAGCGCACUUCACUGUAUGUUUCAAUGUACAGGUGAUAAAGCUAACCUUUAACUCUGGCCCGCCAUUCAGCAAGUCCAUUCCUAAUCUGGUCUUGGCCACAGCUCAGUUUCCCUGCCUGCUUCUGCAACUCUCCAAAAGAAUAAACACAAGAGAUGCUGGGGAUCCAGAGUGGGGCACACAAAAUGCUGCAGGAACUCAGCAGGUCAGGACUUGAUGAAGGGUCUUGGCCCUCUCCACCAAUGCCGCCUGACCUGCUGAAUUCCUCCGGCAUAUUGUGUGUGUCACUGAAACAGAGAAUGUGGGAGAUCCUCAGCAGGUCAGACAACAGAAAUGGAGAGUGUUAAAAUUUUAGGUUGACUUUUCAUCUGAACUAGAAAGUCAGAAAUGUUUUAAGUUGUAGAGGAUCAGAGAGAGCAAUGGGAAUUCACCUAGGAGGGUUCUUGAAAUAUUAAUAUCGUUUCUCUCCAAAGACACUACCUGCUCUGCAGGGUGGAGCAUCUGCAUUUUUCGAAUUAACCACCCCGAUUUCUCAGCUCUUUGGAGAAUUGGAGUGAUUCACGACCCUCACUGCAGAAAUAUCACCACAUCCACGUUUUGAUUAGGUGAUACAUUAUCCAAAAAUUUUCAAGUUUGUAGUCAUGGGCACACAGGCGCUGGGUAUGGGUUUAAAUGCCAAUUAAAAGUAUCUUUGCGCUGCCGCAACACUAGGUAAAUUACAUAGACUUAAUUAAGCAUAAUGUACAUGACAAAUUGAACAAUUUAAAAUCAUAACUUCACCUACGUUGCCAGCUACUCCCGCGGGGGAACAUCGGCCUGUUUCAGUAACAUUAUUUAGCACGGAAACAGGCUAGCAGCCUAACCUGUCCAAACAGUCCAUGUGAAUAGACCUGGUCCUGUUAUGUUUAAACAGAACCACUCUUCUUGACGGGAGUAUUUGGCUUUGCGGCUGCCCAAUUUGCCGUCUCCGGUUAAGGAACAGAAAGGAAAUGCGCUGAGCGACGGUGCGGGAGUGACAGGCUGGCCGCUCUGCCCUGCGAUUCCCUGCACCGGACAGGAUAGCGGAUACCACCGGCUCUUUGCUCCCCAUUGGCUUUUUCGGCGUCAAAUUCCAGAAAUCUGGCUUUUCCCCAGUUUGGUUGGCGUCAGAAAAUUCAUUUGGCUUUUUCCCAUGCUAAAAUUAUCUGCACGAAAAUUACAUACCAUCCUUUUUCUAAAAUAUUUUCCUUUAAGAAAAAUGUUUUUGGUCAGGUACAAUUGGCAAUAUUUCUGCCGCCAAGAGUCUGGGCAAGAAGGUGCCACACGGAACAGUCACGUCCGGGUCCAGUUUCUCUCGGACCUCCGAAGUGUUUGGAUGUGAUUUAUAAUCAUACAAAUCCACCGUGAAGUGUACUUUCUAUACGUAACAACGUUUUGUGUUGAACGUUUCGGCGGUUUUUAUAAAUCAUUUAUUAUCAACACCCAUGGCCAAGUCGUCAAAGAAAUGGAAAGCUUCUUACGAUAGCAAUCGUUAAGUACAAUAGCAAAUGGGGAGAAACAUUUGUAUGGGUCCAAAAAGCUACUGAUGGAUCGAAGGCAGCUUAUUGUAAAUUGUGCCACUGCACCAUUGUACCAAGAAUUAGCAACCUUUAAAUCAUGAAAAAUCGGAGAAACACAGGCGGAGAGCGCCAUCAAAAGGCCAGUCAUGUAAGACAGACUGUGAGACAAGAUGGAUAAAGUUAAGGCAGCAGAGCUGCAAAUCGCUGGCGCUGGGCUGGGCGACAUGGCCUCGGACGUACACCGAAUCCUCGAUACCGCCGAUUUUGCGGCGAGAAAACACAGAAACCAGCGGCGGAAAGACCCGGAACGAACUCCGUACAUCAAUCACCCCCUGGGUGUUUCCCGAAUCCUGUCACAUGAAGCUGGAGUUACAGAUGUGGUCGUCUUGCAGGCGGCACUUCUCCAUGACACUGUUGAGGAUACUGACACCACACUAGAGGAGAUCGAGGAGAAGUUUGGAGAGAAGGUUCGGAGUAUUGUUGCUGAGGUGACGGACGAUAAAUCACUUUCGAAGGCGGCACGGAAGAAGCUUCAGAUCCAGCACGCACCUCACUGCAGCCGUGAAGCCAAACUGGUGAAACUGGCGGACAAACUGUACAAUCUGCGGGAUCUCAAACGCUGCACACCCAAAGGGUGGACGGAGAAAAGAGUUGAAGAAUAUUUUGUCUGGGCUUCCAAAGUAAUUGCUGGACUCCGAGGAACCAGUCAAGCCUUAGAAAACAGCUUGGACGCACUGUUCAAAGAAAGAAACAUUUUUACUCAGUAAUGGGCACUGCUGUCUUUUUCAAUGAACAUAAAAUAAGGAUUGUUUACUGUAAAAUGAACAAAUUAAAAUAUCUAUCUUGUUCUGAGGUAAAACUAAAUAUUUCUUUCUUCCCAAUGUUCGUCCUUAAGGCUGAGUAAAGUGGUACUUGAGUUCUCUGCUUAUAUCUAUUUGAAAUAAAUGUUGGUUAAUUAGUUUGACUCACUAUG